AUGGCUUCCAACAAUCAAAUGCUUGCCGUGGCGGCGGCCAUCGCCGUGCUGUUCCUCCCCGCGCUGGCCUCGGCCGUCGUCCACCCCGUGGGUGAUGGGAGCGGGUGGACGCUUGGGUUCGACUACACCGCCUGGUCCGAGAGCAAGCAGUUCAGAGUCGGCGACGCGCUAGUGUUCAACUACAACAAGGCAAACCACAACGUGGUGGAGGUGACCGGACCGGACUUCAAGGCGUGCAACAACACCAAAGGCCUCGGCGCAUGGAGCUCCGGCAGCGAUCUGGUCGAGCUGGAGAAGCCGGGGAGGAGGUGGUUCAUCUGCGCCGUGGGCAAGCACUGCCAGAUGGGCAUGAAGCUCAACGUCACCAUCAUCGCGGCGGACGCUCCUUCGCCUGCUCCUGCUCCUGCUCCGUCGUCGUCUGCCCAUCACAAGUCCAGGCGGCCCUUCGUUUCCAAGUGGUGA